GUGGUCAAUGUACUUGCGCAUGCGUAUUAUGUAGCGUUAGCUGCCGUCUGUAACUGCGUUAUACUUCUUUAUACGCGGAUCUUGAUAUAGUUAGUUAAUAUUAGCACUUAAUUGUCGACGUUGAAACAUUGAAAACGAGGCCAUGACAGAAGAGCAAGAGAUAAUGUGCAAAUUAGAAAAUAUUUUGGAAAUAAGGAAUAAAACUCUCCAGCUGCAGAAGAUCAAAUCCAGGCUGAAGAGCGAGUUUGAGGCCCUUGAAGCUGAAGAGAAACACCUGAGAGAAUACAAGCAGGAGAUGGACCUGCUCCUUCAGGAGAAGAUGGCACAUGUUGAGGAACUACGCCUGAUUCAUGCUGAUAUCAAUGUGAUGGAGAGCACUAUUAAGCAGUCAGAGAAUGAUCUGAACAAACUGUUGGAGACUACACGACGCCUUCAUGAUGAAUACAAACCCUUGAAGGAGCAUGUUGAUGCUCUGAGAAUGACUCUUGGUCUGAACCGGCUGCCCAACCUUAAUGAGGAAGAGGAGAGGCUUUCGCUAGAUUACUUUGAGAAGCAGAAGGCCGAAUGGCAGAAAGAGCCACACGAGCCCAUCAUUCCUGAAUCUCUAGCAGCAGCUGCAGCUGCUGCUCAGCAGCUUCAAGUCUCAAGAAAACAAGACCCACGGCAACCGGCCACUUUCAGACAGCAACCUCCACCCAUGAAGGCGUGCCUAUCUUGUCACCAGCAAAUUCACCGCAAUGCACCAAUCUGUCCACUGUGUAAAGCAAAGAGUCGUUCCAGGAAUCCCAAGAAACCCAAGAGGAAACCUGAUGAGUAAAUAAAAUUGAACUUAUUUUUACAUGCAAGAGUCUCCCUUUAGAGCUUUUUUAAUGUAAACUGUCUUGUAGUCCCUUGUGUGUGUAUUUGAUUUAAAUCUAUUAAACUUAAGAUUUUAUCAUUCAUGCAACAAUAAAUAUUGUUACCAUUACAUUAACACCAUAUGUAAACAGUUUUUACUGUUUGUACUGAAAUCCAUUUACACAUUUUCAGUCACUAGUUAAUAGGUAAGUAGUUUGUUAUUAAAACACAUGAUUUCUUUUUCUUGUAGAAAAUAUAUGAACAGGAUCUGCAAUUUGUGAUAAAGCAGUGGCUGUAUUACACAUUAAUAAUGUUAAA